AUGUGCCCUGGGGCUCUGUGGGUGGCCUUGCUCCUGCUCUCCCUCCUGGCUUGCUCCCUGCAAGCAAAACCACUGGAGAACUGGGGGCAUGCGUCAGUGGCAGGUAAUGCCCACAGCUUGCUAGGGGAGCCCCAAGGGAACCAGGAUGAGGGCCCCUUCAACCUGAAGAUGUUUCUGGAGAACAUGAAGGUGGAUUUCCUUCGUAGCCUCAACCUGAGUGGCGUUCCUUCCCAAAACAAAACCAGAGCAGAGCCACCCCAGUACAUGAUCGACCUAUACAAUAGGUACAUCACUGACAAGUCGUCCACACCAGCCUCAAACAUCGUGCGGAGCUUCAGUGUGGAAGAUGCUGUCUCUGUAACCACCACAGAAGAUUUCCCUUUUCAAAAGCACAUUUUACUCUUCAACAUCUCCAUCCCCAGGCAUGAGAUGAUCACCAGGGCUGAGCUCCGACUAUACAUCUCCUGUCAAAAUCACAAGGAUGGUUCUCAUGGGCUGAAAGGAAGCAUGGUCAUUUAUGAUGUUCUUGAUGGAACAGAUUCCUGGGAUUGCUCUGCAGGGACCAAGACAUUCCUGGUGUCCCAGGACAUUCGGAAUGAGGGCUGGGAGACCUUUGAGGUCUCCGGUGCAGUGAAGCGGUGGGUCAGGGCAGACUCCACCAAAAGCAAAAAUAAACUGGAAGUGAUAGUGGAGAGUCACAGGAAGGGCUGUGAUAAGCUGGACAUCAGUGUGCCCCCAGGUCCCAAAAAUCUGCCCUUCUUUGUUGUCUUCUCAAAUGACCGCAGCAACGGGACCAAGGAGACCAGGCUGGAACUCAGGGAGAUGAUUGGUCAUGAACAGGAUACCAUGCUUAAGAAGUUGUCCAAGAACAGCCAGGUGGAAGGAGGCGAGGACAAGGAUGAGGAGAAGGAAAUGGAUAGCCACGUGGCCACAGGAUCUUCUUUAGCCAGAAGGAAAAGGAGUACCGGGGCCAACAAUCACUGUCAGAAGACCUCGUUGCGGGUGAACUUUGAGGACAUUGGCUGGGACAGCUGGAUCAUCGCACCCAAGGAGUAUGAUGCAUAUGAGUGUAAAGGUGGCUGCUUCUUCCCCCUUGCUGACGAUGUAACUCCAACAAAGCACGCCAUUGUGCAGACUUUGGUGCAUCUCAAAUUCCCCAUGAAGGUUGGUAAGGCCUGCUGUGUACCUACCAAAUUGAGCCCUAUCUCUAUCCUCUACAAGGACGACAUGGGUGUCCCCACCCUGAAGUACCACUAUGAAGGGAUGAGUGUGGCAGAGUGUGGGUGCAGGUAG